GGAGCCACCGCCCCGUCGGUCCUCGACUUCUGCCUUCCCCUCCCUCUUUCCCACAGACGCCUGAAAACCCUUAUUUGUGCUUUCACUCACGCUUGAGGGUGAGGCGGGGCGGGGGGCGUGGGGACGGCUAAAAUAUGGCAGAAAAUUUUAACAGCUCCGUGACUCGAGUCUUUUCGUUGCGAGUCGCAGAACCUAAACGCGGGGAAUAUUGGGCCAAACAGAGAACAGUCCGAAACCGAACGCUUAGCCGCAGUGCCCUUCCUGGCUCCCUCUUGCGCUCCUACUCCUGUAGGUGGAGACCUUUUAUAGGCUCUUUGUGACGCCUCCCCAGGCACACCCAGACAGCUAAACUGCAGUGAAAACACGUUCCAGUUCUUCGGUGAACUGGGUGUAAAAUACGUAUCGAAUAGUGCCGGGUACCAAAGGGGAAAAAGCGUGAGAUAAACCCUUUCUCCUCGAUGUUAUAAAGUAACAUUUUCAUAGCCACAUCUUCCCAUGGUGUGUAUACCUGAAACUAGGUAAUAAGACCAGCUAUUAUUUGAACCCAAUUAUGUUAUAUAUGGGGAAAUCGAGUCUCUCAGAAACCAAAUGCCGAGGUCACACAGUAUGUGGAGCGGCAAGUUUGUAACCUAGCUGCCAAAGCCCACCGGCUGUCUAUCCACUGUAGUACAUUCAUUACCUCUCCUUACGAAAGCCUGAGCUAAAAUGUAAACUGGGCUGAAUCAGAUUAAUUAAAAAACAACAAAAAAAAAACCCCAAAACCCAACAACCUUUGUAUACCUGGUGGCUAGCACAGUGCUGCCUAGCAAUUAAGAACCACCUAAAUAAUUUGUUUAAUAAAUGAAUUGCGGCAAAACUGCUUAAUAUUUCCAAGCAUGAAGAUGUCCAGAGAUUCGACUGAAGAUAACGUGAAGUGAAAAGUCUGAAAGAUGGAUAAGAAUUCCUAUAAGGAAUUGAGGCAUGUGGCAGAACCCAAAUUUGAAACCAAGCAGUCUAGCUCCAGAAUCUAGAAGGUUUGGUUACAGAUGGAACCUUGCUUUGAACUUGACUGAAGUAACAGAACAUUAUAACAUCUGUGACACUGCUGUUAACUGAACCAAACUUGGGUCCAAUCUCCCAUACACAGCAAAGCCAAACUACUGGUUAUGGUGAAGCGAAGUGACACAGGCAACACCUGCUCGCUGGUGUUCGACGUUGGAACUCACACCUUCUCUCGGUGGAGACGGUGCCAGCGUACUGGGGACAGGAGGGCAGCAGCGAUUUUCCUUCCUCCCAGCCCAUGAUGCCUAGAGGGGCAGUGGUUGGGCUGCGUUGGGGCUCUGGCCGCAGCACUUCAAGGCGGAAUUAAGGGGCUGCAGCUGGUCAGGAGUUGCUGCUAAGUGGACUCCGCGCAGUCUCCGAGAGGGUAUCAGCUGGGACCUGUCUGCUAAAAGCGGGAAAAAGAGCACCUGAAUCGGGGAACUUCAGCGUCUUGGGGGCGGAAGUCCACCGAGCUCAGAGCGUCUCCUCCUUCCUACCCCAGCAACUCCUGCACGUUGGAGACCCGGGACCUGGGAGAGCCAGGGAACUGGAGAAAUACGUGGCGGAGGCUGUUUUCCUGAAGGUGAACCCUUCAGUCCAAUUGCCUUUCCCCAGGAGAGCAAAAGGGAGGGCAGGAGAGAGAGAAUCGAGGAUACGUGUGUGUGAGAGACAGAGACGACGUGUGGCGGGAGGAAAAGUCUUCACUCGGCGUUAAAAAGCAAACAAAUCGGAGAUGGAAUAAGCGGUAAUUGCUGCAAGACCGCCUUGAUUCUCGCAGUCGGGGAAGCUGAGCGCACCGCGCGCAUCGGCGAGGAGAGCUGGCGACCGCGGGAGCUGGCGAGGGCUGCGGGACUUUGGCUUUUCCUUACUAAACAAAUCUUUUGAUUACUUUGACUUGUGAAUAACGACGGGAGAAAAGGGACGAGCCCUUCGCUAGCUACCUUCCAUCCGCUUUAAGGGGAUUCCAGUUUGGAUGUCAAGAGACUCCUGAACCCUCUUUGCCAUCGGAGGAGGAAGCACACGCGCGCGCACACACGCACGUUCAGGGCCACACUCACACGCCCUCCACGAGCACACACCACUAGACCUCGGUUCCCUAUGCCCCAGAACGGUGACGGCGGAUUGGCAUCUUGGAAGCGAUGCAAGAGCGAUAAGGCUGGCGCGGGCCCGCGGAAGCUGCUGGAGCAUCGCUAGGUGUUGCCGCCACCAGGAAGCCGGGCUGCAGGAUGAGUAAGAGAUACUUACAGAAAGCAACAAAAGGAAAACUGCUAAUAAUAAUAUUCAUUGUAACCUUGUGGGGGAAAGUUGUAUCCAGCGCAAACCAUCAUAAAGCUCACCAUGUUAAAACAGGCACUUGCGAGGUGGUGGCACUCCACAGAUGCUGUAAUAAGAACAAGAUAGAAGAACGGUCACAAACAGUCAAGUGCUCCUGCUUCCCCGGCCAGGUGGCAGGCACCACACGAGCUGCUCCAUCGUGUGUGGAUGCUUCAAUAGUGGAACAGAAAUGGUGGUGCCAUAUGCAACCGUGUCUUGAGGGAGAGGAAUGCAAAGUCCUGCCAGAUCGGAAAGGAUGGAGCUGCUCCUCGGGGAAUAAAGUGAAAACAACAAGGGUAACCCAUUAACCAAGGAUAAAAUCAAAUGAUCCUCAAGGCUGAUUACAUUGAACAUAUACAUAGAAACGUAACUCCUGAGGUGAGAAAGAUUUUUAUACCACUCAGAAGAGGCACUCCGGAGUCUAUUAUUUCCAGGGGAUUUCAUGGCUCAUAACCAACUGCUUCUUGGAAACAGACUUUUUUAAAGUCAGACACGAACUUCUCUAUCAUGGAGAUCUCCUCAGAUCUGAACUGUGUUCAAUUUGUAUAGUUGGAUUUGCUAAAAGAAUUUGAAGUUGCUAUCUGGAGAGUUGGUGAAGAGUUGGUGUUUGCGGAUAGUGUCAGAGACGCUUAUCUUUUGGGCUCUUGGCUCCAAAUGUGACUGCUUUCCUUGUUUCUGAAAGUCUCCCAAGUGCACUGGCCUUCUGCCACGGACCUGCCGCUGGGGCCUGUGCUCACUGGCUGGCGGACUGCACGUGGCUUCAGUGACAUCUCCUUUGUGCACUUCUCUUCUGGCAUGGUGUAGACUGAGACAGUUUGAUUUGUAUCCUUAUCUCGGAGCUCUGAAAGCCUAUAUGUUUUAACAUCUUAAAGUUGCUUUUGUUAAAGGAAUGGAAAUAUAUAUACAUUGAUAAUAAUUACUGUUGGCAAGUAAUAGUUAUCUGACUACAUCCAUCAUAUAAGAAUGUAUAGACAAGCCGACUGUUUCCCCAAGGCUAACACGCUGCUGCUGCUCUCCGCCAGUUACGUAGGUAGUAUUUAGAACUGAAUUACCAUUUCCAUCAUAUACAACUCUUUGUACCUCUAGAGUACUCUCCCUUUCAGGUUUGCUUUUUUUUUUAAAGUGGGCUUUUUCUUUCAUUUUUCUCUUUACUUUUUUCCCCUUCACAGAAAUCAGCAGUGAGCAGUCAGGAAUUUAGGCAACCUUCAGUUUGAACAAAUUGCCAAGGAUGCAUGUGGGUUAUGAUUUCGUAGCUUGAAAGUUAUUCUUUUAGAUUUCUUCCAGUAUUUUUUUAAACUGUCCUUUCUAUCUCAUUUUAAAAAGACUGCCUCUUGCUUGAUCCCAAUGACUGUUUGAAUGCCUACAUAUUUGUUUGUUCAGUCUGUUCCUAGAAUAAAUUGUUCUUUUCCUUGGUCUCAAAUUUAUAAAUAUUUGCUUAAAGUUGCCCUAUUCGAACACUUUCUUUGGUCAGUUUUUGUCCACGUUUUUGUAGUCCUUUUAACAUGUGUGGUUUUCAGUUCUAUAGGAGACUCUUAUAAAUAUUUAAAGGCCUUAAACAUGUAUGUACUUUUUUCUAAGUUAUUCACAGAAUGUAUAAUUUUAUACUACUGUUAUUUUGUUUCAUUUUGUGAUGGGCUAGGAGAGAAGAAUGGAAAUUGCAUAGCCAUUCUGUAAUAAUAUUGUGCAAAUGUAUAGUUUGAAGGAAUUUAAAGGGAGAGGAGUCUGUAUUUUACUCAUCUUAGACUGAUAGGCAGAUACUUCAGAAACUGUCCUAUUAGAAGUUCCAUUAUGUUAAAGACAGUGUGGACAUCUUUGAUAUUUUUAAAACUCACUGACAUGGCCAAUUAGGUAUAUGCCGAUUUUCAUGAUGGAGGCUGACAUACAGACCAAAGCUCUCCGGGGGAAGUUGGUAACAACUUUGAAAGACUAAUACAUUACUCAGAAUCUUUUGUUGGCAGAAUGAAUAAAAGUGUAAAAUUUGCUUAAAAAAUUUUGGAAAGUAUGCUUUUGACUUUGAGUGAAAGCAUACUGCCCCACAGUUCCAUGGAAUGAAAUGACUUUUUCCUUCCAUUUUAAUUAUGCAUAAAGUCAGAUGGCUCAGUGGUUUUCACAAUGGUUCAAGAUGAUAUGAACUCCGGAAGAAAGGAGGAACAGUUGUGCUGGAGUUUCUGCAUCGGUCAUAUUCUCGUUAGUUUCUUUGGAACAAAGUGAAAAACUAUUGUUAUUUUGGAAAUUAUGAAUUUGUCCUAGGUUAGUUUGAAAUUAUAGAUCAUGCCUCUCAUUUUUUAAACUAUGUCCUUUAAAACAACACUGGAAACUCUGUAUUAUAUUCAAGUGUAAUACAUGCAUAUCAAUAGGAAAAAAUAAAUGGAAUUUCAAAUAUACUAUCUAGAUUAUCCCCAGUAGAUUAAUGUUGUGAUUCAGAAAAGGUGAAUAAAAUUGGAAUAUAAAAUGGACUCUUUUUCAUGAGUUACAAUCAGAAAACCUGUUUUCCAGUGUUUUAUUUUAAGAGCACUUCAGUUACCACGCAGGAAAACCUCUGAGUUUUUGGAGAA